GAGGGUCUGAGCGGCCUGUGCUGCGUUGGUGAGAGGCUAUCCUACGGAUCUGCGGUGCUGAGAGACACCAUGGAGAGCAGGUGCUACAGCUGUGCUGUCAAGUUCACCCUCUUCAAGAAGGAGUACGGCUGUAAGAACUGUGGCCGGGCCUUCUGUAAUGGCUGUCUUAGCUUCAGUGCUCCGGUACCUCGGGCUGGCAACACUCAACAGAAGGUCUGCAAACAAUGCCACACCGUCCUGACCAGAGGGCCUGCUGAUAACACCUCCAAGUGGUCGCCACCUCAGAAGCAUGUAGCAGCCUUGGAAGCCAAGAAGAAGCCCAGCACUUCCCAGAGCCAGGGCCUGACCCAAAAAGACCAAGCCAUCGCUGAUCGCCUAGCACGGCUCCGUCAGGAAAACAAUCCCAAGUCAGUACCCUCACAAGCAGAGAUAGAUGCACGGCUAGCUGCACUGAAGGGUGAAGUCCAGGGCGCCGUCCCUUCCACACAGGAGAUAGAGAAUCGGCUUGCAGCAUUACAGGGCAGAGUGCCACCUUCUCACACGAUGAGACCGGCACACCAGGCACCAGAUACCAGGACCCAGGCUCAGCAGGUGCAGGAUCUGCUAACACAGCUGGCAGCUGAGGUGGCUAUUGAUAAAAGCUGGGAACAAAGAGGCCCAGUGGCCUCCCUCCAGAAUGACCUCAACAAGGCAGGUACAAGUUCCCAGGGGCCAGCCAGCCUAUCCCUGGAGGAGGAGAAGAGCAGGCUGUUGGCCGAGGCAGCAGUUGAGCUACAGGAGAAGACCAGGCAGGAAUGGGUCCUGGCUCUCGCCAAAAGAUUGGCUGUACUUCAGGGACAGGACCCCAACAGAGAUAAAGUGGCCCUGCAGGACUGUCACAUUCCAGACAGUGCUGAGGAGGAGGAUGAAGAGACAGCCAUCCAGAGAGUGCUGCAGCAGCUCACUGAAGAAGCUGCCCUGGAUGAGGCAAGUGGCUGUAACAUCCCUGUGGAACCAGCUCCCCGGCCCCGGGCCCAACCCUACGGGGCAGAGACUGAGACCCAGGCCGAGGAAGAAGAGCUCCCCUGGUGCUGUAUCUGCAAUAAGGAUGCUGUCUUGCGCUGUGCUGGCUGCGAUGGAGACCUCUACUGUGCCCGGUGCUUCCGGGAGGGCCACAAUAACUUUGAUCUUAAAGAGCAUCAGACUUCUGCGUACCACCCCCAACCUGGCCGAGAACACUGAGGAAAACCCUCCUGAGGGCCACAGGCAGCCAGCAGGGCCCAGUGCCAGGGCGUCCAGUCUACCGAUGGUAAACACACUCUUUUUUGAGCUUCACGGUCCCUGUAAGGAAGAAAGGGUCUAUUGAAGAUAACUCUUAGAGGAGCCAGAGGCAAGGAGGAGUAACAGCCCCUUCCAGGAGGCUGACCUGAAACUGAGAGACAGCAGGGGAAGACCAGACUGAACCUAAGCAUGAGUCCUGGCCUACAGUGGAGCUAAUAAAAGAUGUUGUUGAUAAAUUAUUCUAAUUUACAAUGUAAAGUAAGUAAAUAAAUAAAAUACAUUGCUGAGUCAU